GAAUAGGCCCCAAACAAAACGGCUGAAGUGUCGAAAUCAAAACACUGAUAUUUUAACGUAUUUUAAACCAUUUUUUUCUUAUAGUUGUAUAUAAAUUGUAUAAACUUACGGAAAAGCAUUGAUCUAGAAUUUGUAACUCAUCACGAAAAAUGGCAGACGACGAUUGUCCGUCCGACAGCAGCCUUUUAGUGAUAAUAGUAGACACAAAUCCAAACCAACGGUAUAUAACUGAGGACCCAAAGGUGCUGACAGGAUGCCUCGAUGCAAUUAUAGCGUUUGCUAACUCCCACUUGAUGCAAAAAUCCAGAAACCAGCUAGCUGUGAUAGGCUGUCAUUUUCACAAAAGUGAAUACUUGUACCCCUCCCCGGGCAAACCUUUGGAUGUGCGACAAAUUGAUGGCCAGUAUGAGCUGUUUACACUUGUAGAGAAAACUAUCAAAAUGAGAUUAGUAAACUUAAUAAAGAGUCAGCCGCAGGAGGAAAGGCCGGGGGAGUCUCUGUUGGCUGGAGCUUUGGCGAUGGCUCUAUGUUUUAUUACUAGGAUGCGCAGGCAGUCUCCGCCCGGGAUCCGCUUGAGCAGCCGCAUCCUCAUCGUGACCGGCAGCUCCGACACCGCGGCGCAGUACAUCAACUACAUGAAUGUGUUCUUUACUGCACAGAAGCAGCAAGUAUUGUUAGACGUAUGCUCGCUGGACAAACAUCUCAGUUUACUGCAACAAGGCUGCGACAUCACAGGAGGUCUCUACUUGAAGGUCCCUUCUUUGGACGGCCUGCUGCAGUAUUUACUGUGGGUAUUUCUGCCAGAAGCGUGGGAACGCAAGGAGUUAGUGUUGCCCGGUCGAGGCAGAGUGGACUACAGGGCCGCUUGCUUCUGCCAUCGCGAACUACUCACCAUUGGCUAUGUGUGCUCCGUGUGUCUUAGUGUGUUCUGUAAAUUCAGUCCGAUCUGCACAACUUGUCACACGGUGUUCAAAAUCGGAGGUCCCCUCGCCAUCAAGUUAAAGAAGAAGAAAAUGAAAACUUAACAAAAUAGAUCUAUAAGUUAAUGAUCGAUUUAAUGAUUUAGAUUAUUUAUCAAUCAAUAAAAGCACAUUGAUGUACGUAAAUUGAUUACAAAAUAAAUAAUAGUAAUUUGUA